CGGUGCUGCAACGCACCGUGAGCCUCCGACGGAAGAUGCGGGGCAAGACGCGGGACGAGGGAAUGAAGACGGGCUGGCUGUACCGCGGUCAGCGCGGGCCGCUCUACGAUACAGUGCCCCGACCCAGCUCCGCCGACCAGACACAGGUGCUGCCACGCCGCGGCCGCAGACGCAACUACGGCGUCACCAAACUGCCGCCAGAGGACAGGGCAGUCGAGGACUGUGUGUCGCGGUUCGCGGAGCGAUAUGGACCGGUGUCGGUGAAUGGAACGAUGCCACAUCCACCUGUGGAUUCGAUAUGGGUUGGACCUCCACGAAAGAGCUGGCAUGGGGAUGAUUCAUACUCGCCACAUGAGGACUCGCUCGACCGAGGCGACACCUAUGAUAAUGCCUUCUAUGACGGCGAUGGUAGCGUCAUCUACAAUCCAAGCUACACGGAAACCUUGCCAAAGCCUGGUGCUGCCAUCUACGCUGACUCCGGGGCUACCACACAAGUUUACGUCAAUGGGGUCCACGUGCUAUGCAUGAACAAUGAGCCCUACAACGAGCGAAAUAUCGACGAAGAGAUCGCUGCACGAUCGAGAGACGCUUCUGACGAGCCCCCGUACGCUCAGCCUCGGAAACUAGCAGAACGAGACCUCUGUAACAACUGGAUCGGCCGGGAAUCGAGCCCUCGGCGGCGCAGUCAUAGCCCGGAGCCAGAGCCGGUGCUGGGACCAGAGCCGGAGCCGGGCUACUGUGUCAUGGUACCGGUGCGCACCCCCUGCCCCGCCUACCGUCCCCCUCCAGAGGUCACUGUAUCCUCCCACCGACCUGUGACGUCAUCCAACUGCUCCCCCGCCUCCUCGGACCUGCCACCGCUGACGUCACAGUCUCCACCGAUGACGUCACGCUCUCAACUAGCCUCAUCACCACCCGACCCACCAAACGCCCCAGCGGAUUCCUACGCCUGCCUGCGACGAAGUUACACAAACUUCUACACGGAGGACGAGCUACGAGGGUUGGUGGACAGUUCCGAUCGAGACACCAUCCCUCGCGGAGGUGACAGUAGGCGGGGCAGCGAUGGCAGUGGUGGCAGCAAUGACAGCGGCGGAGGACAGCGGAGGAAGCCGGGGGUGGCCUCCGGUCGCUGGGCGGCCCGACUCCGUGAGGGCAGCUACGCCAGGAGGAAGGCCCGGACUCGCAGCGUCGAUAGAGCUGUUGGCACGGACAGGAGUUCGGAGGAGUGUCCGGAGGAGGCCGGUCUGAGGAGGAGGAGGCGGUCCGGGUCAGCCGAGCCGUGUCAGUGCUCCGCCUGCUCCGAGGAACACUCAUCACUGUCAGACACGGCCUCGUCCAACGAGGCGGCCACGCUGCACCAGCGUCUGCGCUCUCUGAGCUCCGAGCUGGUGACGCUGCGCAGUCGGCUCCACGUCACGCCGCCGCCGCAGCCGCCCGCCGCGCCGCCCCCGCCCCCGCCCGCCGGCCAGCCGCCCCUGCCCCAGCCGGCGGCGCCGCCGCCACAGCCGCCGCCGCCGCCCCCGCCGCACAAACCUGUGCUCGCUACUGAUGCGGGAAGCGGCAAGUUGUCGCGGCUCUCGACAGGUGGCAGCAGCAGCGGCGGCGGUGCCGGCGGCGGCGGCGGCAGCAGCAGCGCGGCGGCCACCGCUCCUUCCCUCAGAGAGUUGGAGGACCUGACACACCUCGAGGGACCUCUCACCGAACAUGCCGUCCUGCGGUGUCUCCACGCCCGCUUCCAGGACUGUCAGUUCUUUACGAACGUCGGGUCAAUCCUCAUCUCCCUCAACUCUUACAACGACCUCGGGAACCCGCUGACCCUGACGUCAACACGGGCGGUGGCCCAGGCCCCUCAGCUGCAGCGCGUGGUCAACGAGGCGGUCCGACAACAGAGCGAAACCGGAUACCCGCAGGCCAUCAUACUCUCUGGCUCCAGCGGCAGCGGCAAGACGUACGCCUCCAUGCUGCUGCUGCGUCAGCUGUUUGAUGUGGCCGGAGGCGGGCCAGAGACGGACGCGUUCAAACAUUUAGCGGCCGCGUUCACCGUGCUCCGCUCGCUGGGUAGCGCCCGCACCACCUCCAACUCCGAGUCUAGUCGCAUUGGCCACUUUAUCGAGGUUCAAGUCACUGACGGCGCUCUCUAUCGUACAAAAAUCCAUUGCUACUUCCUGGACCAGACGCGCGUGGUGCGUCCGCUGCCCCGGGAGAAAAACUACCACAUCUUCUACCAGAUGCUGGCCGGACUGAGCCCCGAAGAGAGAGUGCGCCUGCACCUGGACGGCUACUCGGUGUCCUCUCUGCGCUACCUGCACCAGGGCGAGGUGCGCCAGGACGUUCAGGAGGACGCGCGCCGCUUCCAGGCCUGGAAGGCGUGUCUGGGCGUGCUCGGUAUUCCGUUCCUGGACGUGGUCAGGGUGCUGGCCUCGGUGCUUCUCCUGGGAAAUGUGACCUUUGUCGACCGACCCGGCACGGAGGUGGAGAUGCAGAGUCCCCAGGAGCUGCAGUCGGUGGCCGCCCUGCUCGGGUUCAGCCCGGCCGCCCUACAGAGGGGUCUGACAUCACGGACUCACAAUGUCAGAGGACAGCUGGUGCGAUCCCUGAGUGAUGGCAACAUGGCCAGCAUGACUCGCGACUCGCUGGCCAAGGCUCUCUACUGCCGCACCGUUGCCACGAUCGUCCGGCGCGCCAACUCUCUGAAGCGGAUCGGCUCGGCGUCCGGCACCCUGAGCUCCUCCGACGACUCGCACGUACACUUUGACGCUCAGUCGGCGCACGCUUCCACCGUCGGCACUGCCGGCAGCCGCGCCAGCAAGAGCAUGAGCGUACUGAACUCGGCGGUCAGACAUGCUACAGAUGGAUUCAUCGGGAUUCUGGACAUGUUUGGAUUUGAGGAUCCCAAGCCCUCGCAUCUGGAGCACCUGUGUAUCAACCUGUGCUCGGAGACUAUGCAGCAUUUCUACAACACACACAUCUUCAAAUCGAGCCUGGAGUCGUGUCGGGAGGAGGGUAUUGUCUGCGAGGUCGGGGUCGAGUACGUCGACAACGUGCCCUGUAUCGACCUCAUCAGCUCGCUGCGCACGGGUCUCCUCUCCAUGCUGGACAUCGAGUGCUCGGUUCGCGGCUCGCCCGAGUCGUACGUGCAGAAGGUGCGUGUUGCGCACAAGAACAACCCGCGUCUUCUGGACCCCAGCCCGGGCCAGACAGGCGGGUUCAGCGUACAGCACUACGCCGGCCGCGUGGCCUACACGGCGGCAGACUUCCUCGAUACCAACCGCGACUGCGUGCCGGACGAUCUGGUCUCCGUCUUCCACAAGCAGAACUGCAGCUUCGGCUUCGCCAGCCACCUGUUCGGCUCGGAGCUGAAGGCUCUCUACAGUCAGGAUACAGUGCCGCGGGGAGUCAGCUUCCGGAUCAGCCCUACGAGUCACACUGAUCUCCAAAACGGAGACGAGCCAGUAUCGACCCUCACCCAGGACUUCCACACGCGUCUGGAUAACCUCCUGCGGACUCUGGUGCACGCCAAGCCUCACUUCGUCCGCUGCGUGAAAGCAAACGACUCGGAGCAGCCACUGAUGUUUGAGCGGAUCACCGUGAUGAGACAGAUCAGGUCGCUGCAGCUGCUGGAGACGGUCAACCUGAUGGCUGCUGGCUACCCGCACCGGAUGAGGUUCAAGGCGUUCAACAGCCGCUACCGCCUGCUGGCGCCGUCCAAACUCCUUCGGCGAACUGAAGACAAGGCAGUGGACGACUGUCGCACCAUCCUGGACAGCUUCAGCGCGACGCUGCUGCCAUCUGUUGAGCGACAGGAGAACGUCAGCACCGGCUGGGCGCUCGGGAAACGGCACAUCUUCCUGACGGAGGGUGCGAGGCAGCAGCUGGAGCGGCGCCGUGAACAGAAACGGAACGCGGCCGCCGUGCUGGUGCAGAGCACGUGGCGGGGGUGGCACGUGCGCCGCCGGUGGCCGCAGAUGCGCCGAAACAUGGAGCACCGCCAGAGGAACAAGUCGGGACCGCCGCGGCCCCGGCCGCAGCCCAUCGCUGGCACGCCACCUCCCGAAGCCCUGGAGCGCUGCGACCAGCGCACCAUUCAGCAGACGUGCUCCCUGUUCGGGCUGGAUUUGGAGAGGCCGCCGCCGCUGCCCCGGGCGCGCUCCUACACCGUGGCCGGCAACAAGAAGAUGGGCUACCCGCAGGGACGCAUCAUGAAGAUGACCUAUCCUGAGGGCGGAGGCGAGGUGACGCUUCUGAAGGGUGAGAAGGUACUGGUGGUGGGAGCGGCCACCCGGCGCGGUCACCUGCUGGUACAACAUCCGUCCGGUACCAUCGCCGUACCGUACCAGUACAUGGAGCUGAAACCGCUCCCGGCGCCCACCUGAGUACACCGUGCGGAAGGCGACCCCACGCGUCGGGUCUCUGGUGUAUCCCCCGGUUUUCGGUCCGCGUGUGCGUUCGUGGCUCGUUCCCGAUUUGUGCUUUUGUUGUGUGUUGUUUUGAUGUGCUCCAAGGCAUGGCUAAGUACGCAGGAACGUGGUGAAGCUAGGCCAACGGGUGGUUUGAGCCUGACUUCGCCUCGUAGAACGCAAGGCUUUGAUGGACGCCAGUAGAAUCACAACACGACGUGAAUUAGGGGUGUUUGGUCAUGGCGAGUCAAUAAUACUCAGAGUGGAGCAGAGAUGAUGCCACGACAAAUAUCACGAAUCCGUUCCAACUGUGCCAAAUCGAUUGUUGAUCCGCAGUCGCCAUGAUAUCUAGAAGCGAUCCGUUAUAUCGAUUAGCACACCAACCGACUCGCAGUUCUCUCAAGGUGCCAAGGUAGCUCACACGAAGCUCUGGCACGACGUUAGUCACCAAUGGCCGCCCGUAGCCGGCUGGUGCUCGCGUCACCAAUCGGACCUCACUAUUCUCCGGUAUUUGUGCUCCCGUUUGUGUGUGUGGCUGCUGUGUGUACUGUUUGAGUGUUCCAUGUAUUUCACUGGGAAUGCAUUUAGCCUGAGGUUUUGCUCAAGAGUGAAUGUAAAUAUUGUUCUGUCGUAAUGUAUUCGGUGAGCAUUAUUUGUGUGUUAAAUAUUUUCUAGCGUCACCGGCUUGGUGUUACGUAUCUAUGGUGUAGUAUUGCCGGUCUUUGUCCGUCUUUAAGCUGGACAGGAAAACGCUCCUGCCUGUCAUCCGUCCCAAGCAUACAACGUACAUUGUUCCUCAAUGCAAGUGUCGAUUGCAAUGAAAUAUUGCUCCAGUCGUUAAUAAAAAUUGACAAAUCAAUUGAGUGUUUUUCUUUCAUAUCGUUCGCAAUUUUAUAUCACCGUUCGUUCGAAACUACUCAACUCAUGCCAUAAAUUAUCAGAACUUAAAAAGACACUACUUCGAUUAACUAUCAAUGUCUAGGACAGCAGCAAACUUUUACAAAUUCACAGCACCUUUCGGAUUGAUCAAAGCAAUUAACUUCAUGUAAUCUACUUUUGGACGGGAAACAAGCAGCAUUUGACGCAUGCACCGUUUUGAAAUGACCAGCGGUACAGAAUAAUCACUCUGUAAUCGCUCACUGGUUCUACCACAGCUAAAUGUGCAUGCUUAUUCAGUAAGCUAACCCAAACACUAAUUAAACCAACAUCGUAUAAACCAUUCGCAAGUUGGUAGCAAUGCGAGCACAUUUGGCAUACCUUCAGUGAUGUCCCCUUUGCUGUCAGAAAUCGAGCCAAGCUGUUACACUUCCAUAGUUGAACAUGCCUGGCCUUUGGAAUCUAUCCAAACGUCUUUGCGGCUUGAAAACGCCUUGGAAAUACCAGGCAUUCAAGCCAAAACAAUUGAGCCAGAUGUAACAUGCCACAACUUUUUCACUCCGCCUUCGUCCUUUCUUCAACCAGCAGCUUUUUCAACAGUUUGGCUCCUGUCCCGAUCUGGUAGAGCGAGUCGUUGACUCGAGUCAGCAUCUCGGGCCGACUUAUAGCCGGCGACGCGGGACAGGAGCGCUCUUCUUUUACAUCUUGCGCGCGAUUAAACGCCUUAUUGAUCCGUUUCAAGCUAUUGUUCACACUCACACUAAUGUCCUGAAGCUCUUGCAUUGUUUUUCCGAUGCCGUCGUCCUCGAUGCUAUCCUCUGGAGUCGCAUCUUCGCUGCCUGGAAGUCUCCUCGACGAGCAGUAUCUUUCUCGUCGUUCAGCUAAAGGGUCAUCCCUGCGUCUUCCACGGUCGCAAGGCUCGUAGUUUUCUCGCGAUCCCGUGCGUGCUGCGUCUCUCGACUUGUGACCUUGCCAGUUGGUCAUGAGAUCUCGAUAUCGCUCUUCGGGGCUCCUUUUCAUCGAUCUUUGGCAGUCUCGAUCGUCACCACCACGUCUCCUUGAGGCAUUAUUUUCUGAAGCAGACCUUUUCGGCAUUCGAGCAAGAGCUGGUGCUAUCAAGCUCUCAAACUCUUUGCAUUUCUUAUAUGGCCUAAGUAGUUGGGGCUUCAUCCCUUCUUCGAAGUCCAUAACCUGUGCUAGGACGUUUGCCAGUUCUUCGUUCAUAGUUCGUUCCACCUGAUGAAGCCCUUUUUCUAAACUUCGGAAAGUCAUGUCCAUGCGACCUUUGACAGUUUUCAAAAUCUGAUGAAAAUCUGGGGAUCCUUGGCGCUUAGAUGGCUGGUCUCGUCGACUCGUUCCAUUGCGCUGUAUUUGGCUGUUUCUUCCAGCACAAGGUCUGUCACCUUUACCGUUAUCUCUUCUACUUUUGUCAGGCUUCACAUUUUUAUUACCGUUUCUGUAAUCCAUGCCUGGUUGUUGACGCGUUGUUCGUUCGUCUUGCAUCGAAUUGCUCUGUAUUGAUCCAGAGACGCGAUUUUGAUCCCGAUCCCCACCCCGUCGUUUCGGAAAAUCGUCAACUAUCAUUCAAUUUUCGGGCAUACUCGAAAUUUAUGUACCUUGACAUAAGUAGGUUAAAUAUAAUAAAUGCAUUUUUAUUCACCUAUGAAACUUCUGACGCUUCCGACGCUGUUGCGCCAUUCAUAUUUUUUUUUUUCUGAACGUAAAAUGACUCAACUAAUUUCGUGACUGAGUGAGACCGAAACUUCCGUUUUGUUGAGGUCAAAAUUUUUGUUGCAAUAUAUGCAUCUGCUGAAUGGAGCAACAUAACUCCAUACAGCGCGAGAUCAGCUCAAGACUUAUUGUUGACAUUUCAAAGUGUACAUCAGCAGCAACUUUUGGGAGCUGUUGAAAAAUAUUUUUGAUAAAAGCACGAUAGGUGUUAUAUUUAUUUCUAAAUUUCAGCAGUUAUAAAUUUUCCGUACGUCUCCUAUUCUCCUACAUGAGUUGGUAAAUAAUGGGAUCAAGAGGCCGACGUGGCGAUCCAUCUGACCGCUGGAGCAACGAAUAUAUUGACCCGGAAACAGGUGAGCUCGUCAGGGAGGAGUACGACCGUCGUGUGGAGGACGUUUGCGGUGAGAAGUACGAGUACGAGCGCGCCAUCGUAACCCGGGAGCAGGCCGACGACAUGUCCUCGCGGCGGCGCGGCGGGGGCGGAGGGAGUAUGCGCGGCUGCGGUCGCUCGCGGGACCCGUGCUCUCGCGGUGGUGGAGGUCGAACCAGAAGCCGCGUUUCUGACGACAUGGACUGCGGCGGCGGCGGCGGCGGCGGCCGCGGGGGGUACCGCAGCAUGGUGCAGCCGCGGCCGCCCUUCCGCGACCCCUGCCGAAAGGAGGGUGACCCACCGAACCCAAACACUGACGAAGCGCUGGCCAAGGUGGAGGAAAAGUUCAACAACCUCGAGAAACAGCUGAAGGAGUCGUGUGAUAACCUCAACAGCGGACUCUGCAAGGUGCAAGCGUGCAUGACUGACGGCUUUUCACAGGUGAAUAGCAAAAUGAAGGAGAUUGAAAAGAACACCGAUAAGACAUUACAAAACAUCGACGAUCAGAUACGUUCUGCUGAAGAAGAGCUCAACAAGAGCCUGAGACUGCUGAGCAAUGACAUCGCUGAAACGCAAGAAACUUUUUGCAGAAAUCUCGACAAGGCAAAGAGAGACGUAGAUAAAAUGGAAAAGUUUUUCAAGAGAGAAAUAUGUGAAACCAUUAGGGAUCUCAAGACGAAUAACUGUUGAUGACUUUUGUUUUCGUUUUGCGUCCAGACGACUCCCAUCUUGUUUCACGUUUUUAUUUGAAAUUGCUCAUCUGCGAAAUGACUAGACUUUUUUGUUGACAAUAGUAUAGUAUGGUUUGUAAUAAAUGCAUGUAAAACAACA